AUGAGGGGCCCAUCGUUCCUCUCACGUGUUUUGUGCCUGGUGGCCGCUGCUGGCGCCUGGCACGAAUUAAGCAGUAGCGAAAUGGCACUACCUUUUGCUCUUGCAGCAGCGCCUGCAGCUCCUGCUUCCUCAGGAAGCCCUGCAGUUGCGGCUACACAUUCUGAAUCCGCUGUGCAGAUCCUUACAGAUGCGAACUUUGAACAAGAAACGCAAGCCGUCACCGGCUCCACCUCGGGCGACUGGUUUGUGAAGUUCUACGCUCCAUGGUGCGGCCAUUGCAGGAAGAUGGCGCCUGCGUGGGAGGAGCUCGCUAAGAAGCUAAAGGGACAAAUUAACGUAGCUCAUCUCGAUGCCACGGCGAACCCGCAGACUGCAAGACGAUUCAGCAUUAGAGGUUUCCCAACUCUUCUGUUCCUUAAAGAUGGCCAGAUGUAUCAUUACAAGGGCAGCCGCACUGUGGACGAUCUGUACGCCUUUGCAACCGGCGGCUGGGAGCAAACGGCUGGCAAACCUAUUCCGCCGGUCCUGUCUUGGCUGGACUCGAUGAAGGACGAGUUUGUGUUGGCAGUUCAACAACUCCGCGAUGUCUUCAUUCAGUUCCCUGUUCCUCUGUUGAUGCUUUUCAUUGUUGGGUGCAUCAUGGGAUCGAUGAUUACUUGUUUAGGCGUUGCCCUCUGCAUGGGGACAAAGAGUGGCGACGUAAAGGUCUCCAAGACGUCCAAGAAGAAAGAUUAG